AUGAACUACACUUCUCAUUUUUUGCACAUCUGCAUCGACUAUCCAGAUGAAUAUUUAACUUCAAUAAGUGGGACAACUACUUGUUAUUUAGUGACGUCAUUAUGUUUCCACACAAAUCAGAAUCGUUAUGGUCCAUAUGGUAAUUCUCAAGACGGCACUCGUUUCUCAUACGAGGGUAAAGGUGGGGUGCUUGUUGGAUUUCAUGGACGUUUUAGCACAUGCAUCACGUCUAUUGGGUUUUACGUGAUGCCAAAAUCACUAGCAAUGGGCCGGAACUCUUCAUUUGAAGAAAAUCCCAGAUCUGAGAAAUGUUGUAGGAUGUCGUCACUUGGAAUUCCAAGGGAUGUAGGACCUUGGGGGGCUUCAGGAGGUAAAGCAUGGGAUGAUGGGGUAUUCAACAUUAUCAAGCAAGUUAGGGUUCAAAUAGGAGAGCCUUCAAAAGUGAUUUUUGGUAUCCAAUUCAAAUAUGUUAAAAAGGAUAGUAAUUUCAUUUUGUCACGGUUUCAUGGAGGAACAGAUCAUGAUGGGGAUAUAUCAGAAGUGGAGAUUAAUUUGGAUGGUGUGCAAGAGUAUUUGACUGGAAUAUCGGGGUAUUAUGGACCUGUUGAAGGCUAUGAUGGAUUGGAAGGUAUAACUUCCCUCGCUUUUCACACAAACAAGGGGAAACAUGGGCCUUAUGGACAGGAAAGUGGAGGUGCCGGGUAUGUUUAUUUUACAUCAACCACAUCUUCUGGGAAAAUAGUUGGUUUCCAUGGUAGGAAUGGUGAUUUUCUUACUGCAAUUGGUGUUCAUAUGGAGUAUCUCUGAAGAUAAUGGAAGAAGCGUAGACCUUUUGCUAAUAUUUCAUGUUUUAAUGGUAAUUGCAUCGAAUUUGCUACUCUUCACUUUUGAUAAUAUAAGAUUGCCAUGUUCGGGUU